AUGUUCAGAAGCAACUGGGACCUGAGCUUCGUGGUCGACUCGCCAAAGCUGACUCUCUUCCAGACCUUAUUGAAGCUAUCGUCAAACAAGGGAAUGAGACAACAACGGAAGGGGAAGACCAACCCCUAUCUAACUAUACAAGAGUACCUACGAGUCAGCUCGACGAGGCCACUUUGUUUCAUUUCAAUGUCCGAUUCAAGCAUGACAUACGAUCCCAACUACUGGAUCAUCUUCCCACAUAUGACAAGAGAUGAGUUAGUGCCCAUGUUUGAUCACACACGCGAACGUCAUCUGAACGCACAUUCCGAAAGCGAGCGGGAAGAGCGAUCGCGCGCUCAAACACAAGAGCGGCAAGAGCAACGUCCGCCCAUGGACACUGUUCGAUCUGACCGUAAUAGUGGAGCUUCACGUAAAAGCUCGGGGGGCAAAGAUCGCACAGCCAAGACGUAUCGAACACGAGAGGUUUCUCCAAGUCCCAAGUUUACAAGACUUAAUACUGGUCUUCGUGUUCCACCGUUUCUUGCCUGGCAAACAACAGAAGACGCAGCAGAGCAGAAUAACGAUGAGAGUAUCUACAUACAGCUUACUCUCUUUGCUAUUGAACAGGAGCUGACCAGGACGCGAACGGAUGUAGCAAGAUUACCAAUCGACUCUGCGCAUCCAUUCGUACACUUGUAUCAAUCAGGUGCGCCCUUCACCGAUGUCGAAGAUUCCUCCUUAGAAGAUGUCUCGGCAUCACUAGUGUCCUGUUACGAGGCCUCUACCAGAGUCGUUAAAGGCACCACCGAUUGCAACGAGCUAACUGUAAUGGACGACACAAAUGGCCUGAUCCAGGUACUUGUUUCGGGCACCGGCAUUGCCAACAGCGACAUGUCAGGUGAUGUUCAAAUCGAUGCAGAAGGUGAGACCUAUGUCACGGCGAGAAGGGUCACACAAUGGCAGACAGCUCUGAUGUACAAACACACACAACGCAUUUUCCAAUCUACUAUGGAGGUUAUGGACCAAUUUGUACCAAAGUACUACGACCAUCAGCUCUUGCGCAGAUGCUGGGGUGUGCUCAGGUACAUCAUCAAGAUCGUUGCUUUCAUGAGCAUCAGGAGCUCUAUGUUACAAGAUCGGGAGAAGUUGGGCUUAGAAUCGACUUACGCAAUCCGUGAACUUCCUCACAAAGAAUAUGCGAAGCUACACAAGAUUUCUGUCCUGCCUUCUCCCAUAGAUCAACCUUCACAUUACUCCCGGACACAGCUAUCUCAUUGGGUUAUGUCGUCUCAGCUGGCUAAUGUGGAGGAGAAAAACGAUCUCAUCUUCGAGUAUCUCAGUGCCCUGGCACUGCGUAUUGAGGCGUUGCGCUCUAAAGCAAUUGAUAUUCGCAACAGUGUCGCAAAUGAGAGAGACGAAAAGCCGAGCGAAUACCUCCUACCGCUGUCGCUUGUGAAAGCAGCAGAGAAGAUUCUCCAGACGAUCGAUACCUGCGGGUAUAGUGUCCGAGAAAUGCACAAUUUCGACAAAGCCGAUACGAUGCCUUCUAUUUCACGGAACGAACUCAAAACUCAUAUGAGUUUGCUUUCCUACUUUGGCUCAGCAGCUUCUACCGCGCUUUCAUCAGCGCGUAAAGAGCUAAUGAUCAUGGCGCAUACCGGCAGCCAUAGGGGAGCGGUGCAAAACUUCCGCAGUACUCCUAAGGUUACUCUGUUCAUAUGUCUCAUCCAUCUUUGGUCAAGAACAAUAUCGCAGAAUCUAUCUGUGCCUGACUUGUACAGAGAGAAUCUUUCGGUCAUGCAAUACAAAGCUAACCGGCGGCCGUCGAAGCUUGCCCUUCGAGAACUGUACCUCUUGGAAGAGGAAUUCGAGAUGGUAGCCUCCAUAUGUGCUCAACAACGCCGCAUGAUCAAUGAUUGCUACGACGUCAUCUAUCCCUGGAGCUAUCGCAUCGCGACCAAAGAGUGCUACAGAGCCUACAAAGACAUCGCAUUUCCCCUCAUGACACACAUAUUUGAUGAUCCUGUUGGUAUGGGGGCAACCCUUACAGGAAUAAAACAAAUACGGGCGUCGUUCGAUAAGAUUAAGGAGGUGCUCCGCCACAACGUUGAAGUCUCAGAAGAAAGCAACUCGAAAGCCAUCAGGGUAUUUACUCUAGUGACAAUCGUGUUUCUUCCUCUUUCUUUCAUCUCUUCCGUAUUCGGCACGAACACUACAGAUAUAAGAGACAUGAGCAGCUCGCAAGCUCUCUUUUGGGUCAUUGCCAUUCCUGCCACAACGCUGAUUGGAGGACUCUCCUUGAUGAUCGCAUAUCAUGGAACGUACAUGUGGGCUAAGGUACGCGCGAUGGGCGAUGCUAUGUGGGGAUCAGAGAAGCUAUCGCGCGGGCGACGUGCAUGGAAACGAAAGCCAAAAGACGUGGAAAAGGUAGACGAUGGCGAGAUUGCAGAUACACGGCCUCUGGGACCAGGUCAUCUCCGGAGAAGUAAGACAGUCUUGAACGUCGUUGGGUCGAAGAAACCAAGGAAGUUCAGGUGA